ACGCAGCGCGCGCAGUGCAGAUGGCGUUGGCGGACGGCCUCACGCGCAUUGAAGUCGACUUCCCCCCGCUGCCAAGUGGGAAGGCGGGCUACGAGGGGUCAUCGGAGGAGUACAUAGAGGCCAACAUCCAGCUCGCCCUCGCGCUCAUCCGCCGCCUGCACGCCGCCACCGCCACCACCGCCAAGAUCGUGCUUCCUGACGGGCCCGAGAAGCGCCGCUGCUCCCGCCGCUUCAAAGCUGCCCUGGACAUGACGGACGGGGUGUCGCUGGGGUGCUUGGAGGACGACCCCGUGGCGCCACCGGGGCAGGCGGGCGCGCCCCAACAACCCAGCGGAGGGGGAGGCGGAGGCGGAGGGGGCGGCUUCUUCUCGGCGCUGAAGAACGCGCUCGACCUCGACUUCGGUGGCCAGGAGACCGGCGAGUGGGCGGAGGCAACGCCAUCGGACCUGUACAUCAUCGCCAACACCAGCUGCCAGGAGCUGCCCGCCGUUGAGGCUUACCUCGAGAAGCUUCCCCCCGCCACGCCAGUGCUGCUCUUCAACCUGGAGCUCGACACGCUCAGGGCGGACCUGGGCCUACUGGGCUUCCCCCCCAAGGACCUGCACUACCGCUUCCUCUCCACCUUCCGCCCCGUCUUCUACCUGCGCCCACGCGACUACUCCAAGAGUGUGGCGGUGUCGCCAUUCAUCCUCAACUACAGCGGCGCGCUCUUCCGAAUGUAUCCAGCGCCAUGGCAGGUGAUGGUGAAGCAGGAGGGCACGGGCUCCUAUGUCUGUGUGGCGGAGGGGCCACACCGCUUCCAACUCGGACAGGUGAAGGAGGAGCUGCAGCGCGCGCUGGGGCUGGGCGAGGAGGACGGCUCCACCAUGCAGUUCCUGCGCCGCGGCUACAAGACCAACACUUGGUGGGAAGAGCAGUCAGAGCAAGAAGUGUCAACAGAGUGGAGAAGCUGA